UGAAAUAACUGUGGAACGGGCAUCAUGGCCAUUUUUUACCUUCUCUACAAGAAUCGAGGUGAAGUAAGGAAUUGAAGAAACGAAAGGAAGUUUCGAAUGAAGGUAUAACCUCAAUUUAAACCGUACCGAGAUGUCUCGAAGCAUUAUUGAGUAACGAAGUAUUCAUAAGAUAUUAGAAAUGUCGUUAAGUCGAAUAAAUAAGCGCUUCUGCGCUAGAGUGCUGCCUGUUGUCGGACAUACUGCUCGAAAAUAUAUUUCUCCAGCAGUGGAAGAAAUUCAGUCCUCCAAAGUGCCAGAAUAUCCUCCAAUAUUGGAUGUUUCCUACCUUGCACAAAAGCAGAGACAACGCGAACAAGCUGCAAAUGAGGUUAAAGUUAUAAAAACUGUAGAAGAAAAAUUGUUUAAGUUAAACAUCCCAAGAUACUAUGGUUGGAAUACCCUUAACUUAGAAGAAGGAAAAAUUUGCUAUAAUUCGCUACCUUUUGCCCAAUAUAUUACAAGAACGCAUGUAAAGAGUGAUUCGGAUCUACCAUCGUGUUACAACGACUCCAUUGAAUCCGAUGUAUUGAAUGUUCUUGUUGAUGGAAUUAAAGACAAAAUUAAAAAUGCAAUUUUAUUUGAGUACACUGAACGGCGGAGAGAGUCAGAGUUAGAUAAAGAUGUUUUAUUAAGUCCUUCAAAAUUGGAUGACGUUAUGGCAGAUGCUGUGGUUCGACAAAUUAAUAGGCUCAUUCUAGGUACUCUUUCAACAAAGUAUCCACAUCUGUUAGAAGUGCAAGUAGACUAUGAGCCACGUAUUGAAGCAUUUUGGAAAGUAGGUGGGAUAGUACCGACUAAGGGCUCACGGAGUGCAAAAAUAAAUAAUGAGUUUUUAAAAGAAUAUGCUGAUAUGCCGAUAGACAGAUGGUUUCAAUACAAUGGAAAUCCGCUGUUACAGUUAAGACACGAGUUUCCUUUGAAGGAAAUCAUUCCGUUAAGUGAUUCGGAAAACACAGAUCUUAACGUUCCUGAAUUUAGAUACGAUCCUCGAGUACUGGGAUACAGUAAUAAAUUACAACACGGCACAUGCAUUCCUGGAUUUUGGCCAGGUGAUCCAAGCGAGUUCGGUACUUUGUCUUAUCAUAAACGAGGCUACAUGGCUGAAAGGCCUGCAACUUAUGAUGAUAAAGAUGAUACUCUUAUUGCACAAUCGAUACUAGCAUCCUAUGGAUGGCUUUAUCCGCAGGCAUGUUAUCAAGGCUUUUCAACAUUUCAAGAUGUAACGUACCCAUUAGUAACGCAAACUAUUAUAUCAAAUGGUCAAUGGUGGACAUUCUGUGUGUACCAGCUAAACACAACGCUUCUAUAUAGUGAACAUAUAGAUAUUAAUCCCAGGCGAAACAUAUGUUGGGCCACUAAACCAAUGAAAUUAUUUGAGAAAGUUGAAGAGAAACAGCUUCAUGGAUUUAACGAAGAAGUUUUGAAGCUGUUAAUUAAGUUUUAUGCCAAUGUUCCCAUAGAAAGAGCAAUAAACAUGAAACCGUAUCUGGGAGAAACGGAAAAAGUAAUAGCAGAUAUUGAGGAUCCCGAGAGAAGAGAGUGGCUAGAGCAUAAUUACAAAUAUCUGGUUUCCAAGAGAUCUAGGCAUAGAUUAAUGCCAGAGAUUUAUAAUUGGGAGUGGAUUUAUAAGAUCAACCAUAAAACCCGUCCGUUGGAUAGGCGGGACACAAAAUGGGAGCUUGGAAAGCCUAUAAUAAAUCGCAGAUUAGAUGACCAUACACCACAAUAUAUACCAAAGGCUUUAAGGCCAGAAGGUCCGAAAAGCAAAAAUAAAUGGGCCAAGACGUAUUAUCCAUAAACAAAGUGUAAUUAAUGUUUUACGUUAUAUUUAGAUUUAAUCACAGAUUCACUCUGAAGUACAGGCAGGUAAAAAUUUGUUUUUACAGUUUUGCUAUGGAA